AUGGUUUACUACUUCACCUCCAAGGCGGUAGACCCGGCCGCCUUCAUCUACGUCGGCAAGGACAAGUUUGAGAAUGAGGAGUUGAUCAAGUACGGCUGGGAGGAAGAUUUCCACGUAGACAAACUCUCCUCAGCCCACAUCUACCUCCGACUCCCGGACCCAAAGGACCCCAGCACAACAACCCCAAUGACAUGGGACGCUAUCCCCGAACCCCUCCUCACCGACCUCGCCCAGCUCACAAAAGCAAACUCCAUCGAGGGCAACAAAAAGGACAACAUCACCAUCAUCUACACACCCUGGUCCAACCUUAAAAAAGACGGCAGCAUGGCCGUCGGCCAAGUCUCCUUCAAGGACCAGCGCAAAGUGAAGAAAGUGCUCGUCGCGCAGCGCGAGAAUCCGAUUGUGAAUAGGCUGAAUAAAACAAAGGUUGAGAAGAAGCCUGAUUUGCAGCAGGAGAGGGAUGAUCGGUUGAAAGAGUUGAGGAAGAGGGAUCAGGCUUCUAGUCUUGAGAGGAAACGGGAAGAGGCUCGCGUGAUGGCGGAGCGCAAGGAGAAGAAGUGGCAAAAGGACCAUGCUUAUGAUGACAUCUUUACCGAGGAGAAUAUGGAGGCCUCGAACAACCAGAACCGCGACGAGAACUGGGAGGACGACUUCAUGUAG